GCGGUAGGACAGGAAGAGCUAGCUAGUUGUUUGUGCCGAAGUGAAUUGGCUUGUAAUUACAUCGAACUGAAAGAUAAUGAAAAUAUUCAUGUUUUUUAAUUGAGAAAGAAGCUAUUUGAAUGAAUUCAGCCUGCUUUAUUACUCAAACACUUUGUUGAAUCGCAUGACGAGUCAUAAAAGGACAGAUUUAAGUAACUUCACUGCGAACCCAGCCCCAAAAUGACAACAUCAGUGUUUUUCGGGUGUACGUUCAUUGCGUUCGGCCCCGCUAUUUCUCUGUUCCUCUUUACCAUUGCCAGGGACCCACUAAGAGUAAUCUUUCUCAUCGCUGGGGCCUUCUUCUGGCUGGUGUCCCUGCUGCUGUCCUCGUUGGUGUGGUUCAUUGCCGUCCAGAUCAGUGACAAAAACAAUGCCUCCCAGCAGAAGGGCCUGCUGAUAUUUGGGGUGGUGCUUUCUGUGCUUCUGCAGGAAGCCUUUCGGUUUGGAUACUACAAACUGCUGAAGAAAGCAAAUGAAGGCCUCCUGGCUCUCAGUCAAGAGGACACCAUGCCCAUCUCUAUGCGUCAGCUUGCAUAUGUGUCUGGCCUGGGGUUUGGGUUCAUGAGUGGAGCAUUCUCAGUGGUCAACAUCCUGGCAGACUCCCUGGGUCCUGGUACUAUUGGUAUCCAUGGUGACUCCCAGCACUACUUCAUAUCAUCAGCCUUCAUGACGUUGGCUGUCAUCCUGCUGCACAUGUUCUGGGGUGUGGUGUUCUUUGAGGCCUGUGAGAAGCAGAGGUGGCUGUCCCUGGCUGUGGUGAUCGUCAGUCAUUUGUUGGUGUCCUGUUUGUCAUUUAUGAACCCGCACUACGAGGGCAGCCUGAUACCAGCCUACAUGAUCAUGUUCCUGAUGGGAAUGUGGGCGUUCUCCUGCGCCGGGGGCUCCCUCCGCAAUCUCAAGCUCUGCCUCACCUGCAAAGACAAGGACUUCCUCCUGGCUAACCACCGGCCCAGAUAACAGCCGAGGGCUGGCACAGGGACACUUUACAGAACUCAGAGCCAGAACAAAAAAGAACUCUUUGGGUGUGGUCAAGACCACACCGGUUCAAUGUAAUCAUCUUCUUUUUGGGUUUUAACACACACGUGCACACACACACACACGCACACACAAGCAUUCACAUUCAAAACUUUUAUCUUCUGGGUACGUAUGUAGGUAGUCAGGCACUGGAAGCGGGGUGCUGGGUAGUGUUGGAGCAGGAGAGGACCCGGUGUGAGCCGUACCCCACAUUCAAAACUUUUAUCUUCUGGGUACGUAUGUAGGUAGUCAGGCACUGGAAGCGGGGUGCUGGGUAGUGUUGGAGCAGGAGAGGACCCCGGUGUGAGCCGUACCCCUCCUCUACUCAAAGCUGGAACCAGGCUAGCGCAAGCUGGAGCUGAAGCUGGGUGGCCAUGUAACACAGCUGCUUAUCCUCUGCAUUAACCAUAACCCGAUCUGUAGAAAACAUCACACUUGACUGCUGGCUUCUGCCUAGAAUGAGAGGACUGCCUCGACUCGGUCGGCAGUGCAAAAAUCGAGGGCCCACCAGCCCCAAAACACUAGACUCCAUAUUAUUUCUGUCUACCUCUAGUUAUUUGCUGUGACUGGCAAUGGUGGCAUGCUCCUUCUCUUCCUUUCGAUAUUGUUCCCUCGGUUUUUGCCAGCAACAGAAACGUCGCAGUGACACAGCUUGCUGACUCCACCCACAGAUCGCUCACUAGCGGUAUCCGCAGAGCUUACAGUUACGCCGUGGGUUGAGUUGUAGCGGGUCAACACGGUGAACGGGGCAGUCGAAAACUACCUGACCCGAGCGAGAUGGUCUGGUUCCAGCUCUGCUGUGGAACUGGGGUAUUGGUGAUGUCUCCCCUUCUCUGGGGAUGCUCCUGAGAGGGGGCAGUGUGGCAGCAAGAUUCAGUUUGGGGGGGUUAACCUGUGCCUGCAGGCACAAAGGCCUCACAAACUCUGCAGGGCACUGAAGAGGAGGGGAGUGGUCCCGAACCAAAGUCUCCAAAUUUUAAUUCUGGUUUUCUCUUCUGCUUGUGAGCAGCAUUUGUGUCGUGAUGGCUCGUUGUAAAGAUUUAGUUGGAUGUUCCUGUGGAGGAAGUACUCGGCUGCUACCAUGUGAAUUGAGUCAUCCUAUCUCUCCCUCUGUUUUUCUUUUUCUUUCUUUUUCUCCUGCCCCAAUUUUUUUUUGUGCCUUCUUUAGCAUUAAGCAGGUCACCAGGACUUAAUAUUCCCUACCCGCUUUGUGUACCUGGUUGUCCCUAGCAACCAAUCUCAUACCAAGUACCUCAGAUAACUGUAUUUAAGCUUUUUCUGUGGUGACCUACCAUUUCACUACCCCCACCUCCCAUUCAUUGUUCUAUUCUCCUUAACGGGUGUACCCAAAGUUUGCAUUCUUACAUGGGCUAGAAUUUUCAUGGUUGCUGAUGGUUGUUUUCUUACUUCUCAAAUUGUAGGCGUUUCCCGCUCAAACUGCUGAAUCGUAGUGUGUAAACUGUUAGUCUCUGAUAUUGACAAUGGUUAAUUUUUUUUUUUGAAAUUCUGAGCUUACAUCAUGAGUAAUGAGUACAUGGUUUGUUUAAUUACAGGGGGAUGCACUAAGCCACUGUCCUGGUGGGUUAAAAACAUCUAUAAAAUGUAUGUUUUGGAAGAAUGUGGCUCAGUGUUAUUUAGAUUAGCUUGUUAAUUAUGAUGUGCUUAUUGGAUUAGUGCUGCUAAUCUGUAGCUAUGGUUUAAUCGCAUUACCUCAAGGGUUAUUAUGAUCAGUUGGAUGGGACUACUGUUAUGAUUCCAAAACUCCUUGCACUAUCCGGUAGUGACAGUGAGCAUGAGGAUCAAUUGAUUAAUUAAUAAUACUUUUCGGGGUAAAUAUUUAAGCAGUUGUUUUGUGGAAAGAAGGCCCAGUUCAAUCUAACUGCAAUUUGCACAAUCUUUAAAUACAUAAUGAUUUUAUGUCUUAUGUUUUUGUUUCUCAUGAAAAAAAGUUUUGCCCUUAGAAUGUGUGACAAAUAUAAAGAACUAAAUUAAAAAUAUUUAAAUUCAUAAAGUAAAGCUAUAAAAGUGCAUUGCAGUUAGAUUGAAUAGAGGCAAAAGAUAUCCUUUCACUCAAUGUGAGUAAAUGUCACUGAAUUUUUCACUUAUUUGAACUUGAGUUCAGACCAUUGUGGAUGUACCUGUGCAGCCAAGGUAGCAACUUUGUUUUACCUUUUGUCCUUAUUUUGGUUUUAUUUCAAAAAAAGAAAAAAAUCUGUCAAGGCAUUUAUUAGGUUUUUCUUUUGUUGAAGAGAGCUGAUUUGCUCUGUUGUAUUUUGAACUGAAAUGCCAUUUUACAGUAAAAGAAAAAAAUAGGUGCAAUGUCGAGCUGUUGUUUUUAACUGUACAUAGAAAUCAUUCAGAACAUUCAGUGCAGGACUGGGCUUGAUGACUGAGCAAAGUAAGUUUAGUCCUGAAUUUGAUUGAUCCUGGCAUCACGAGCCAUUGCCCUGAAUGAAUAUCCUGCUUUCACUGUCUGACCUCUGGCCUGCGGUGCCUGAUGGAGGCCAUUCCCAGACCGGAAGGAGCCAGACAAGCGCUGGGGCCCGGACUGGCUGGAUCAGUAUGCCAUGUGUCUGUGAGCAUGGAGAUGCCUGAACAAUGGUCAUCGUCAGCUUGUCUGUACUCCACCUUAUCCUGAUGGUAACUGUCGAAGCAACAAGAACUGUAAAAUUCAGCAAUAUCUCGCUCAGGCAAAUGUCUCUGAACUUCGUCUUCUGUUAUGCCUUUUGGGGGAAGCGUUUUGGUACAGCUGUGAUUGAAUUUAGCUCUCAGGGUCCAUUUACACCGGUGUUGCCCGGUCAUGCCGUGGAGGGCUGAGAGUAUGCAGCUUUUCAUUCCAGGCAAUCAUUUCACCUGCUGAUUUCACUAAUUAGUUCCCUACUCUCUGGUUGAAGGUGUGCUAAUUAGUGAAAUCAGCUGGUGUAGUGAUUGGUUUGGGGGAAAAAAAACCCAGCAUACUCCAUGGCACAUGAUAGGGCACCACUGAUUUACAAGAUCCUUAAAUCUUGGGAUGUCUUGGGGAAAUGGGAGCUAAACAAGAUUCACUUAAUCAUUGGAUUGUUUGAUUUAAAGAAUGUAAACUUGAUGGCAUCAAGAGGUUUUGCAAAACAAGGCGAGCAAGCCGAAUACAUUGUGCGCGUUUCUGACUUAUUUCCUAAACUUGGGACUACGACUUGGACUUAUACAAACCGGUCUUUGAGAUGAUUCUCAUCGAAUGUGUAUUUUUCCGGUGCUUAGGGACCCUUGUUUUAGCCGCAUUUUCAGUGAGUGUGUAAAACCAAACAUCCCCCCCAUGCCUGUGUCUUCUUGGUUACCUUUGUUCUUUUAAGAUUAACAGUCACAGAUUUUCUCUCAUAGGAAUAGUUUGUACUUGUGUAAAUCUGGGUGGAGGGAGACUGUUGUGGUCUGGGUUUAGUAACACAAAUGCCCAAUAAACUGAGCUUGAUUAUAUGCA